AUGUCACAUAUGCUUCAACGAUCUUUACAUGACGAUCGCACUCUUGAUAACUAUACUUCUCCAAGGCAGUGGAGUCAGGUCAAUGAAGAUUUAAAGAAGUUUGUUGAAAGCUACAGCCCAAAUGGGUUACCACCUUAUAUCAACAAAGAUAAUAUAUACAUCAUGGAUCACGUCCCAGCUACAACAGAGCGCAUGUCCCUCAAAUAUAGAUUUUACAUGAAGUUCCUCUUUCCUGUCGAGCUUCUUUGGAAGGCCGGAUCACAACUCAAUGAGUUCCGACACAAACGAAACUUGUCUAUCUGGGAAACAACACCAAACACCAAAAUCCGCAAUUCGCUCAAAAUUUCCAAUAAUUUAUUCGGUACUGAACAAGCACGCCCGUUAGGACCUCUUGUAGAAAUGGUUGGACCGAUAUUCAAUGCUGUAUACGACCCGUUACCGCUUCACAUCGAGCACUUUCUAGAUCAGCACCAGCGUGUCCUAUUUGUGGCAUUCGGGCAACAUACAUCGGCUAAAGAGCACGAGACAAAACAACUUCUUGCAAUGCUAUUACAUAUGCAAGAAACCCAUUUAAUUGAUGGAUUCAUUUGGGGCUCCGGAUUAUCACAUCUGCCAAAAAUAGUCUCUACUCCUUCUGGGAACAUAUAUAACGUAACUCAUCUAUUGGGACAGCAGCACCCUAAUGUCCGUCUGUUGCAUUGGGCCCCUCAAUUUGCGAUAUUGAAGCAUCCUUCGGUUAUUACGUUCUUGACACACGGUGGGGGCAUGUCCUUAUUCGAGGCACUUCAUGCGGGCAAACGUACGAUUAUCCGACCGUUUUUUUACGACCAACCUGCAAACGCCUUUCACUUUGAGCAUACGCAGCUUGGCGGAUACCUGAAUAUGGACGAUCACAACGGUGCUUUGGAAACGUUCCGACGGGUUAUCGAAGACACAGAUAACGUCAUUCAGAAAAACGUGGAUCGAUACCAAGCUUUGUUUCAAAUCCAUGCCCAGCGUGGCGUUGACCGAGGAGCCGAUUUGGUCGAAGAAGUCCUUUUUACCAGUGUAGGCGAUGGCCAAUUGCCACACCGUCGUGAUGUUGCCAACAACAUUUCCUUUUUGAAAGCGAAUGAUUAUGACCUAAAAAUGGAAGAGUUCGUUGUUAAGCAUUCUCCUCGCUGUCUCUCUUGUUGAGAAGUUUGAUUGACAGAUAUUCUGAUUUUUUAUAUAACAUAUGAUAGUCAAAAAUAAAGCCCGAGUAAAGGAAC